GUUGUGGUAAGUCGAAAUCCCUUUAAAAGUUUAUUCGUUCAGUAUUCCUUUCGGCGAGCUGACAUAUCCGUGGCGCACACGUAAAGAUACACAUGUUUCAAUACGAAAAGUAGCUUGUUGUCAGCUGAGGCUAAAUGUAGCAAAGCUGCGAAUGGGGAGCCAUGCUUUAGGUUUGGUCCUUCCUUCAAAAGAGCCGAGCUGAGCUUUCAAGAACGGACAAAACCGGGAGCAGGGCUACAGUCAGGGCUCCGGCUGUGCCGCUACAGCGGUGUCAGGGCGGGCGUAGGGCUCGUUCAGCGCGCGGUCAGUGUUAGUUCCUACACAAACACCAGCAGACAGACAGACAUGUCGACUAGACUCUCUUCCACAAACCCAAACUCUGUGUCUGAACUAAAAACGGUGUUCUGGGGUUUUGUGCCUGGGCAUGGACCACCCUGUGCAUAGAGGAGACACCAUGUCCAUCGGACUUCACGACAG